CAGAAGUAAACAAUCCACCUUGCUAUCAUGUACCUGUGGAAUUCGGUCAAUCUGGAUAACUCGGCGCUGUAUCGUCGCUCUGCCCAGCCCCAAACACCGAUAAACUCCGUCGACGAGCAGGACAAGCUGCUGAAUGAAGCGAUGACGGUGGUCCGGUCACAGUCGUUCCAGAUGAAACGCUUUCUGGACAAGGAUCGGCUAAUGGAGGCGAUGCGUUGCGCUUCGACAAUGCUCGGGGAGCUGCGAACAUCGCUGCUUUCGCCCAAAAGCUACUACGAGCUGUACAUGGCCAUUACGGAUGAGUUGCGCCAUUUCGAGCAUUAUCUGCUGGACGAAUUUCAGAAGGGUCGCAAAGUGCCGGAUCUCUACGAACACGUGCAGUACGCGGGCAACAUCGUGCCACGGCUGUAUCUGCUCAUUACGGUCGGAUUAGUGUACAUCAAAACGAACAGCGCCCUCAAGCGCAGCAUCCUGAAGGAUUUGGUAGAAAUGUGUCGUGGUGUGCAACAUCCUUUGAGGGGUCUGUUCUUGCGGAACUAUCUGCUGCAAUGUACGCGCAACAUCCUGCCGGACACGAUGAUGGUGGGUGCGUCCGGCGAUGAAAACGAAGGCACAGUGAUCGAUGCCAUCGAUUUCGUGCUAACCAACUUUGCCGAGAUGAAUAAGCUGUGGGUGCGGAUCCAACAUCAGGGACAUUCGAGUGAAAAAGCACGGCGCGAGAAGGAGCGCGAAGAGCUAAAGAUUUUGGUCGGAACAAAUCUGGUCCGAUUGUCACAGCUCGAAUCGGCUACGCUCGAUAUCUACCAGCGGCUCAUUCUGCCCGGUAUCCUCGAGCAGGUAGUCAGCUGUCGGGAUGCGAUCGCCCAGGAGUAUCUUAUGGAGUGCAUUAUCCAAGUGUUUCCAGACGAAUUCCAUCUGCAAACGUUGGACCCGUUCUUGAAAUCAUGCGCCCAACUACAACCGGGUGUGAAUGUAAAAAACAUUAUCAUUUCAUUAAUCGACCGACUGGCGCUGUACAACCAGCGUAAUGGCAAGGUCACGCAAACGUCGGCGGGAACCACGGAAGUGAUAUCCGCCAUACCUGCCGAGGUUCAGCUGUUUGAGGUGUUUAGCACGCAGAUAGCCAACAUCGUUCAACUUCGAACGGACAUGCCAAUGGAGGAUACGGUAUCGCUGCAGGUAGCACUUGUCAGUCUGGCCCAGAAGGUGUACCCCGAACGGGUAGACUACGUGGACAAAGUGCUCGAAACAACGGCUCAAAUCUUGGAUCGUUUGAAGCUAUCCAACAUUUCACAUUCCCUGUCGGUCAACCAGGAACUGUCGCGAUUGCUGCGGUUAUGCAUCGAUUUCUACAACAACAUACUGACGAUUCUGCAGUUAAAAUUCUUCACGCCUUUGCUGGAAAAGUUCGACUACACCUCACGGAAAGCACUUGCUCUGUACAUCGUGAUGAAUAUUCUCGAGAACGAGACGCUUGUCCCAACGGCCGAACAGGUGGACAGUGUGCUAACGAUCAUUGCACCGCUUAUACGCGAUCAAGACGACCAACCGGCGGACGUCCGUGUUAACAUGGAGGAUUUUGCCGAGGAUCAGGGCAUUGUAGGACGGUUCGUACAUUUGCUACGCUCGGACGAUCCUGACACGCAGUACAAAAUACUGAUCGCUGCCCGUAAGCAUUUCGGAAUGGGAGGACAGCAGCGCAUCCGCUACGUGCUACCACCGCUCGUGUUUCAGGCUUACCAGCUGGCCUACAAAUACAAGUCCAUUGCAGCGGAAGACGAUAUGUGGGACAAAAAGUGCCAGAAGAUUCUACAAUUUUGCCACAGUACCAUUGCCGUGCUGGCAAAAUCGGAACUACCCGAGUUGGCGUUGCGUAUGUACCUUCAGGGUGCACUGUGCAUUGGGCAGAUUGCCUACACCAACCAUGAAGCCGUUGCAUACGACUUCAUGACACAGGCAUUUUCUCUCUACGAAGAUGAAAUUUCUGACUCCAAAUCACAGUUCGCUGCCAUCACGCUUAUAAUUUCAACCGUUGAACAGAUGACCUGCUUCUCGGAAGAAAAUGCCGAACCCUUGCGCACUAGCUGUGCAUUGGCCGCCUCGAAGCUGCUUAAAAAACCGGACCAAUGCCGGGCAGUGGUAACAUGUGCCAGCCUCUUCUGGAGUGGAAAGCAAAACGGCCAAGAGUUGCGUGACGAGAAACGUACCCUCGAGUGUUUAAAAAAAGCAGCCAAAAUAGCUUCGCAAUGCUUGGACGUCGGUGUACAGCUGCAGCUGUACGUGGAGCUGUUGAAUCAUUACAUUUUCUACUUCACCCGAGGAAAUACGCAAAUCACCGUAUUGAUGCUUAAUCAGUUGAUAGCGAAAAUCAACGAAGAACUCCCCAAUUUGGAACCCACGGAAGAAACGAAGCAAAUUGAGAUGCAUUAUCAAAACACAUUGGCACACAUUCGCAGUCGGAUGGAAUCGACCGAUGCUGGACUGGAGGCAUCUUUUGCCGAUAUUACAUUGAAUUAG